AUGGAGAAUUACCCCAUUUUCUUUGGGACGCAGCCCUCAUCUUCCACCUCCAAUCCAUACCACUUCGUGGCAGGAGCGAGCAGCCAUGACCAUCUCCAUCACCAUGGUCAAGCAGCUGGCAAUAACACCGGCGGCGGCGGCUUGAAUCAAGGCCUCUUCCUGGGGUCCAAGCAGGAGGAGCCCUCUGAAUCAAAGGAUGGUGGCGAUGAUGGUGCAGGAAGUAGUUCACAGGGCGGUGGCGGGGAGGCGGACGUUGUCGUCGGGAAGAAGAAAGGCGAGAAGAGGGAGCGGCGGCCGCGGUUCGCGUUCCAGACGCGCAGCCAGGUCGACAUCCUCGACGACGGCUACCGGUGGAGGAAGUACGGGCAGAAGGCCGUCAAGAACAACAACUUCCCCAGGAGCUACUACCGGUGCACGCACCAAGGAUGCAACGUGAAGAAGCAGGUGCAACGGCUAUCACGGGACGAAGGUGUGGUGGUAACGACAUACGAAGGCACCCACACGCACCCAAUCGAGAAGUCCAAUGACAACUUCGAGCACAUACUCACCCAGAUGCAGGUCUACUCAGGCAUCAACAACGUCUCCCAAACCUUUGGCAACCAACACAUGUUUCAAUGA